UAUUACAAUUACUACUACUAUUAUUAUCACUCAUCCCAACGUGCUUCACGACUGUCACCAUGUCAGCCUCGUCACCAUCGACACCCGCCGUCGCCACUCAAUCUCGCUAUCCAACCGAACCACCUGCAGCAGGCACAAUCACAGCUCCUCCCCAGCUUCCACAGCCCGGAACCUUCGAUAUCCUCCCCGAACUCCAUGCUCUACUCGCACGUCUCCUCCUUCCUCACUCUGCCGCGGCGCCUGGUACACUAGACGGCGACACUACCAAUGACGAGAGCCAGCCGCUAGAAAUCCAAGACCUCUCGGCAACUGCGACGGCGCUGAAAGUGAGCAUCCAGAAGGCGAGACACAGCGUGAAGGGCUUGCCGGAUAUGGAACGCAGUAUUGAGGAACAAGAGGAGGAGAUUCAAGAACUCGAGGCAGAGGUCGAGAGGUUAAGGGGUGUGUUGAGGAGUGUUGCGGUGGCGACUGGCGUGACGGGAAAGUGAGAACAGCGGGAACUCUCAAACAGACGAUAAACACCAUCACGAUUGGCAAAGUAGCCUCCGAAUCAAUACGUUUUCUUGGAUGGCCGCUGUGAGCAAGCGGAUUGCUUUCGUGGUAUCUGACUUGCUGUCGCCGAGAAUACCAUCGAAUAGCUCAUUGCGCUUUCGGGAUCAAGUCUCAGCAAGUUUGCUGCGAUACUCUCCAAUUGAGGGCAUCCUAUGAUGCGUUGACAGCAUUGCUUUGCAUCUACUCUUGGCUUGCCAAUCGUUCCUGGUAUCUAUUAUGGAGAUAUCCUGCUAGUCACCAAAGACAUAAGGAAAUGGAUACAGAGCUCAACAUAGGAAGUGCCAAAGGGGAAAACAUGUUCUCGCAUAGAUCGAACAUGGCUCUUGGAAUUACGAAACAACGCGUAUAGAGCACUCA